CCUAAUUGUUGUGAUAAACUUAUUAAAUAGAUAUUAGUUGCAUGUGAGAUUGAGUAACCUAAUCACACUUUCACUUUCAUCUGUAUAAUGUAUGGUUACUACCAAAAUCCGAAUAGCGGAGCAUCGGCACCGCCGCACCAAGGCGCACCUCCACCUGGUUACCAAGGCGCACCUCCAUCUGGUUACCAAGGAGCACCUCCAUCUGGAUACCAAGGAGCACCUCCAUCUGGAUACCAAGGAGCACCGUCAACCCAAUACCAAGCCGGUCGACCCUAUCAGGGAGCUCCACCUCCUCAGUACAACCAGUAUGGAGCACAGCCGCAGCAGCAACCUCAACGCUACUCACAGCCCCAACAGAACCCGCACCAACAGCAGCCUCCACCACAGCAACAGGGUCAAGCAGAUCUAUGGGGCUGGUUCUGCACUGUGGACACAGACAGAUCAGGCAAGAUAUCCUCGAUGGAACUUCAACAGGCUCUCUCAAAUGGCUUCGAGAAGUUCAACCUGGCCACAGUGCAGCUGCUGAUGAACUUGUUUGAUAACUCCAAUUCAGGCCAGAUGGUGUUCGAUGACUUCAGAAAGGUGUUCGACUUCAUCACUCAAUGGUCGCGCGUAUUCCAACAGUAUGACUCAGACAGAUCGGGAGCGAUUAGCUUCAACGAACUGAAGACUGCUUUGAGCAACUUCGGUUACCGACUAUCGGACAGGUUCUACAACAUUAUCUUCUCUCGUUUCGCCAAGAAGGAGACCAACGAGGUCACUUUCGAUAACUUCAUUCGCAUCUGUGUCGUGCUGAACAAUGUGACGAGGAACUUCCAGUCGCUGGACACGAACAGGACUGGAAGUAUUCAGAUAUCAUAUGAGCAGUUUGUCGAAAUUCUAUUUGCCAUUGUCUAAUCUUUUAUUUUCACAUUACGAUACUUGAAUCAAUCAUUUCAUUACUCAUUACUUAAGAAUUAACUAAACUGGAACAUUCUGAUUCAUUUUGAAAGAAAUGCAUUCUGGGAAAAAUCGAUCUUGAUGAUUUUACGAUUAAAAGCAUGAUCGAUCUUCUAAAAAUCUUUGAUGCUUUCAUGAUCAAGUUCAACUUUGACUAUUGACUAUUGUCCAGUGAUGUCAAGUUUAAAAAACUUAAUUAAUUUUUGUUCUUUAACCAAUUAAAAUAUUUUGAAUUGAAAUUGAAGAUAUAAUAAAACAAAUUAUAAAUACUCUCAAGGUAACAGGACAACUUACCCUAUUCCAUUUUUACCCCAUGUACCAAUUUACCCUGCGCCAAUCUACCCUACGCCUAAAUUGAGACGGAAUGAUAACAGCAAAAUAGUGAUCGUCGCAGUCGCGCCAAAGUGUUGCGAACUUGCCUACAGGCAGGAUUCUAUACGAAAAUUAGAGCCGGUUAUCGCCGCGUAGCGCGCCCACCGGUGACCUUAAACCGAGUUUUUUUUGGACGUUGGCAAAUUGCUAAAAUUUUUUAAAUUGCCACUAUUACUUUCUAUAAUUGUCACUCAUCGAUUGAGGGAACACACUUGAGGGAAGGUUUGGAGCGGCGUGGUAAAAACUAAGGCUCCUUGGCCCUAAUCAAUUUCAGAAUGCAUUCCAGAAAGCUAAUGUACAGCCAAGUUAAAUUGGUUCUAUAAGGCCCGGUUUUAACCAAAUCGGUUAAACCAUCAGGUUAUUUGUAGGGCAUGGAGCAGUUAACCGUUAUUAAAUUUUAACCGAUUGAAAUAUUUUAACCGGUGAAAUUGAACUUUCGUUGCGUUGAACAAGCGACGUACUUGAGUGACGUUAUUGAGUUUGAUGUAAUAUAAUGUCAGUGUGGUCACAGCAACCAAUG